AUGACUAGGCACAUUCAGCCAUCCGCGUGUAGUUGGGCGUCUUGUCCGAUGCUCUACGAUAGGGCAAGUUGCCGAGCCCUGAGACACCCCAUUCUCUCCAAGAACCCUCCUUUUCUUCACCUCUUAUUCUUCUCCACUACUUGUCAAAAUCUCUCAUUUCUCAUCCUCUUCGCAUUACGCGUCCAUUCCGUACAUCCGGGGAGACGCCACGACGAGGAGUCCCGGAAUGUGAGAGUUUCGGUGUGGUGGGACUUCGAGAAUUGCAAUUUGCCCAAUGGUGUGAACGUCUUCAAGGUCGCCCACUCCAUAACCGCGGCUGUUCGGGCCAGUGGGAUAAAGGGUCCCGUUACUAUCACGGCGUUUGGUGACGUUUUCCAGCUCUCGAGGGCGAAGCAGGAGGCGUUGUCCUCGACUGGGAUCAAUAUCACUCACAUCCCUAACGGUGGAAAGAACAGCGCUGAUAGGUCUCUUCUUGUAGAUCUUAUGUAUUGGGUUUCUCAAAAUCCUCCACCAGCACAUCUCUUUUUAAUUUCUGGUGACAGGGACUUUGCUAGCAUUUUACACAGGUUAAGAAUGAACAACUACAAUAUAUUGCUUGCAAGUCCUGAAAGUACACCUGGUGUUCUUUGUAGUGCUGCAAGUAUCAUGUGGCAUUGGCCUUCCUUGAUUAGAGGGGAAACCCCAACUGGGAAGCAUAUUAAUCAACCCCCAGAUGGUCCCUAUGGUUCUUGGUAUGGCCACUCUAAGGUGCCUCUUGAAGAUCCCUUCUCAGUUACUGAGCAACCAGCCUCACGAGCUGAGGACUUGCCUGAACCUAGUCCAGAUUCUAAGCCUCGUCCUGUUCCAGAGAUGAUGACAAAGCUGAUUCUCUGUAUAUUGAAUAGUCAUCCUGAAGGAAUUUCCAUUACAGAACUUCGUUCCAAGUUGGGAAAUACUUUGAACAUAGACAGAGACUUUUAUGGGUAUAAAAAGUUUUCCGUCUUUCUUCUAUCAAUGCCACACAUUUUAAAGCUUCAGUCUGAACGUGAUGGUCAAUUUGUUGUACAUGGUAUCACCUCUAAAACCCCUGAACCAUUUCAGUCCAAUCCAGCCUUGUUCGCAGAACCUGCAUGUGAUAGCGGAAUCCAGGACUUCUCUGCAACUUCAAAGUCAAAUGGUGAGCUGGGAUCUGUUGCUGGAGGUGUAAAUGGGAAGCCAUCAUUGUCUCCAUCCCCCGAGUCAAAUGUGAAGGGGCCUCCUAAAAAAAUUCAAGAACCUUCUGCACUUGGCAGAUCUGUUACAGGGGUGAUGGAUGAGAAGUCAGCAUUGCCUUCAUCGCCUGAAUUAAACAUUGAGGAUGUGCAACAGCACUCUCCACAUGAGGAGAAGGGUGUUGAACAGGUGAAGAACCGUCAUUUGCCUCCAGUGGUGGAACAAGAUUCUGCAUCUGCAGUGGGUUUUUUAAAGAGAGUUUGGAGAAAAUGUUUCGGCAGAAUCGAUGGUGGUCCCAUGAAUAAAAGUCAAAGCAUUCCAGAAAAAUGUUCUACUUCUGUUGUUAUGUCUGAGAAAAGAGGUCAUGAAACUGCUGAAUAUGGUUCCACUGUUAAUGGCUCAAAAAUGGCAAAAGUUGAGGACAAAUGUGUGAACUCAACAAGCCUGGAUGCUAAACCAAUAUGUCAGGUGCCAUAUUCUUCUGCCAAUAAUGGGUCGGCUAUAGACAGCAAAACUGCUACAGUUUCUGAAGCUUAUGGUAAUAACUCAAGCACAGGUCCAGGUUUCUUCAACCAGAUGGUAUAUUGGUGUAAAUUUUGGAGAAGUAACCCAAAUUCUGAUAUAUUAAAUGAUCAACCCAGAGAUAAACUGGAGCAGAACUUAUCAAAAAAUAAACUGGAGCAGAUAAAUAGUCGUUCUGAAAAGCAUAGCUUAUUUUCUAUGGAUUCUUUUUGGAGUGACAUGGAAUCUUUUCUGGGCACAGUCAAUGGUUCAGUUAUUGUCUCCCAGUCAAGGACCAGGGAACAGAUGGCACAAAAUCUGCAAAAGGAAGGGCCUCCAGCUCUUAGAUCUCUGAGUGAAAGUGACGUCCUCCAUUUGGUAGAUUUAUUAAUAUCAGAAAUGAAAUGGAUGGAAGAACGCCCUUCUCAGGCAUCACCUUUCAAACUCACUCGGCCGGUUGGAAAUAGCUCUUUGGUUCAAGCUCGCAGUUCAAAUGUGUUGAGCUCUAUCUUUCUGGGCAAAACAUUACAGUCACCAGAACAUGGAGAAAGAAAAUAUCAAAAUAUUCCUCAUACUGGAGUUUCUCCACCUGCUGUUCACAAGAAACCUUCAGUCAGAUCUAGAUGUGAUAUAUUAGCUGAUUGUCAGAAGCUCGUGAAUGAGAUAUUAAAGAAUUAUCCAAAUGGCUUUAAUAUGAGCUCCUUCAGAAAAACUUUCCUUGAGAGGCAUGGUUAUCCUCUUGAUUUACAGAAGCUUGGGCAUCAAAGUUUGGUAUCCCUGUUACAGAUAAUGCCUGGGGUGAAAAUAGUCUCUACUCAGAUUUUUCCCUCUAGUGAAGCCUCAAGUAGUUCAGGCCUAGAAAUUGCCCUUCCUGAUAGUCAAGAAAAUAGUGCUUGUCAUUCAGUUGCUAAUUCAGAUAGUGAAUUGUCUGAUCCAACAAAGAAGAAUGAUGAUUUUGACUCUCCAUGGGAAGAAUUAGGGCCUGUUGCUGAUACAAGUUCUACAAAAAAUGAAAUGGAAUCAGUGUCAAGGAAGAAAACUAUAGAACAAACAGAGAGGCAAAAAUAUCCUGAUUAUGAACCUUCCAUAUCUGAUGAUGACAAACAGAGAGAAAAGUUGUACAGGAAACUUGUACGGAAGCAAAGAGCUCAAAAGACUUUUUCAUUUGUUGCUGACCCAGUUGAGGUUAACAAGGACAAGCUGAUUGAUGGAAUAUUGGUUGGCCUGAAGAAAUCAGGUGAAUCAAGGGUGCAGGGCUGAAGGGUUCAAAAACAAGAUGUGAUGCAUCCGGGGUUCUCAGGUUGAAUGCUGGAAAUGGGACUUUCG